GUUACGGCUCAGUUAAAUGUCACACAGAGAAAACACAAACAGGUUUUCACUACAGGUCGGAUUGACGUCUUCAUUUGAAUACUAGAAGAAAGCUAAGGAAAGGAAUAAGAAAGACCAUUUGGAUUAACUCAACUACUGUUUCUAAAUGGAUUGAAAGAACCGAGGACGAGUUUUGAUGGGAAACGGACAAAUGUGAUAUCAAUGUGUGUUUAAAACGUCACCAGCUUGGACAUUUGAGUGAGGAUGACUGCCCUCGUGAGGAAGGUGCAACAGGUGCUGUGGGUCCUGCUGCCGUGUGCUCUCCAACUCUGCAGCGCACAGACACAAGGAGUGGUCAUUUGUUCCGGCACCAAGAACGUUUUGAGCACGACGGGAAACUCUGAGAUCCAGUACAACCUGAUGAUAGAGAUGUACAGCGGCUGUGAGAUUGUGAUGGGCAACCUUGAGAUUACCAUGAUGGAUCACACCAGAAACUUCUCCUUCCUGCAGUCUAUCAGGGAGGUGACAGGCUACAUCCUGUUCGCCGUCAACGAAUUCAGCCACCUGCCUCUGGAUCACCUGCGUGUCAUCAGAGGCACCACGCUGUAUGAGGACCAGUACGCUUUGGCUGUGAUGGUCAACUACCAGAAGGACGGGCAGCACGGCCUGCAAGAACUGGGCCUGACACACCUCACAGAGAUACUGGAGGGAGGAGUCAAGAUCAUCCAGAAUAAGUACCUGAGCUACGCACCGCAGGUAAACUGGCUGGACAUCGUGAAGGAUGGAACAGCUCAUAUCAUGAUCGAGGACAAUGGGCCUGAAAAGCCUUGUAACGAAGCAUGUGAAGACCUUCCAUGUUGGGGUCCAGAAAAUGACACGUGCCAGAUCUUGACAAAGACUGUGUGCGCCCCUCAGUGUAACAGCCGAUGCUUUGGUAGAAACCCAAGCGAGUGUUGUCACAUUGAGUGUGCCGGAGGCUGCACUGGCCCCCACGAUGCAAACUGCUUUGCUUGCAGGAACUUCAACAACUCGGGCGCCUGCGUGCCUCUGUGUCCCCAGACACUCAUCUACAACAAGCACACAUUCAAACUGGAGCCCAAUCCCAAUGCCAAAUACCAGUAUGGCUCCAUCUGUGUGGCCCAGUGCCCUCCUAACUUUGUGGUGGACGGAAGCUCCUGUGUAAGCAAUUGUCCGUCUGAUAAAAUGGAGGUGGAGAAAAACGGAGUGAAAAGAUGUGAACCUUGUGGAGGCCUUUGUCCAAAAGCUUGCCAUGGCACAAAAGAAGGGACAGCUAGACAGACAGUAGAUGCUCUUAACAUCGACAGUUUCAUAAACUGCACUAAGAUCCAGGGCAGUCUGCACUUCCUGGUGACCGGGAUCAAAGGUGAUGAUUACAACAGUGUACCAGCCCUCGAUCCAGAGAAACUGAAAAUCUUCAACACUGUUCGGGAGAUUACAGACAUUCUCAGCAUCCAGUCGUGGCCUGAAAACCUGUCUGACCUGUCAGUCUUCUCCAACCUCCAAACAAUUCAGGGCAGAACACUUUACAAAGGAGUGAGCUCUAGAAGGGGCUACUCUCUUCUGGUGAUGAAGAUCCGCUCUUUGACCUCGCUGGGGCUACGCUCGCUGCGUAAAAUAAACGAUGGCGGCGUCUACGUCACAGGAAACCUGGAGCUCUGCUACCAUGACACCGUCAACUGGACACGUAUCUUGACCAGCGGCUCUCGCCCACAGCGACGCCAGAAGCACAUCGACGUCAAGGAAAACAGACCAAGAGAUCAGUGUGUUGGUGAGGGCCAUGUGUGUGACCCCCUGUGCUCCUCUGAUGGCUGCUGGGGCCCGGGGCCAAACCAGUGUCUGUCCUGUAAGAAGUACAGCAGGGUAGGAACGUGCGUGCCAGAUUGCAUGUUCUUAACUGGGGAGAGGCGAGAGUUUUCUACUCAAUCAGGGGAGUGUAUGCCAUGCCAUUCUGAGUGUAAGGUCCAGGAGGGGAAGCAGACCUGCACAGGCCCGGGGGCGGAUCAGUGUGUUGCAUGUGCCAGCCUGCAGGACGGUCCACACUGUGUCUCCUUGUGUCCUGACGGCGUGAUGGGAGGAGAGGAAGUUAUCUUUAAAUACCCCAACAAGCAGGGCAGCUGUGAACCAUGCCACAUCAACUGCACCCAAGGGUGCUACGGCCCGGGAAUUAGAGACUGUGAGGGGUCUUCUCCGUACCUUUCUGGACAAGCGACCACAGCCAUCGUCCUGGGAGUGAUUGCCCUUCUCUUUGUUUCAUUCUCUGUUUUCAUGCUGACUGUUCUGUAUCGACGAGGUCUUGCCAUCCGUCGCAAGCGAGCCAUGAGGAGAUACAUGGAGAGCGGAGAGAGUUUUGAACCUCUGGAUCCUGGAGAGAAAGGGUCUAAAGUCCAUGCUCGGAUCCUGAAGACCACAGAGCUCCGUCAGUAUAAGCUACUAGGUAACGGAGUGUUUGGAUCAGUCCAUAAGGGCAUUUGGAUCCCUGAGGGUGAUACAGUAAAGCUUCCUGUGGCCAUAAAGACGAUUCAUGAUCGCACCAAACGGCAGACCUUCUAUGAGCUGACAGAUCACAUGAUGACCAUUGGAAGCAUGGACCACAUUAACGUAGUCAGAACCCUGGGUAUCUGUCCCGGUGCCAGCCUGCAGCUCGUCACCCAGCUCAGCAUUCAGGGCUCCCUGCUGGAGCACAUCAGGAACUGCAAAAACAAACUCAGCCCACAAAGGCUGCUCAACUGGUGUGUUCAAAUUGCAAAGGGGAUGUAUUACCUGGAAGAGAAAAGGAUGGUCCACAGAAACCUGGCUGCGAGAAAUGUGCUCCUGAAGAAUAAUUACACAGCACAGAUCUCUGAUUACGGCAUUGCAGACCUACUUUACCCUGAUGACAAGAAGUACUUUUACAAUGAGGUCAAGACACCAAUCAAAUGGAUGGCCUUAGAGAGCAUCUUGUUUCGCAGAUACACACAUCAGAGCGAUGUCUGGAGUUACGGUGUGACAGUAUGGGAGAUGAUGUCCAAUGGGGCAGAGCCGUACACCGCGAUGCGUCCACAGGACGUUCCUGAUCUAUUGGAAAAGGGCGAGCGUCUGUCCCAGCCUCAAAUUUGCACUAUUGAUGUCUACAUGGUCAUGGUCAAGUGUUGGAUGAUUGAUGAGAAUGUCCGUCCAACAUUCAAAGAGCUGGCAAAUGAAUUCACCAGAAUGGCCAGAGACCCACCUCGCUACCUGGUGAUCAAAGAGGACUGCAAUCAACAGGACUCAGCCCCAGAUGAACUCGCCCAGCGGAGUGCAGACCUGGACGACCUGGAUGAUCUAGAAAUUGAGCUGGAGGGCCAGGGGGAGGAGGGGGUGGUAGAUGGUAUGACUCGAGCCCCUCACUACUUGUCUCAAGCCAGAAGCCUCAGUCGCCUCUCCAGGAUGGACACUCACAGAGUGAUUAUUUCUCCAUCAAACGUGGUGGGUUACCUGCCUAUGACCCCAGGUGUUGACAACCCAGGACAGGCCAUGUGGCAGUCACGCUCUCGACUAAAUUCAGCCCGCACUGGGUCUGAGAGCUCGGAGGGCUGCGGCACAGCAGUGGAGCUGGAGAUGAGUGAGGACUUUUCUCUGACAGGUAGCCUGAAGAGACGACGUCAACGUGAAGACAGUGCUUACAUGUCGCAGAGGGACAGCUUGUCUGGCGGGCCACCAGAGACUCCAUCACCAGAGAUGGAGGAAGAGGACCAGAAUGGAUAUGUGCUUCCUGGAGAAAGCCCAGAGAGAGAAACCCUACUUUUUUCAUCUCGGGGCGGUCCUGGCAGGAUGAGCAAGUCUCAUUCCUCAGGCCUCUUGGAUGACCCAGAUGAAGAAGAAUAUGAGUAUAUGAACAAGCAGACAUGUGUAACAGCUGUCUCGCCCAGGCACAGCAGCCACCGGCUGAAGCCGAACAAGAAGCGCACCUCUUCUGUAUCUUCACAAGCGACAGCGUGCUCGGGUGACACCACAUCGUCCGUGUGGGUCAGGGGAGAUCAAACAAGAAGCAAUAACAACUUUGAUUCAGAGCAGCAGGAAUCGAAUGAAGUUGAAUAUGAAUACAUGGACAUCAGGGGUAAUGAAAAAGAUGAAAUCCCACCAGUGCCUGACACUCGUCCUCCUUCGACAGGGAUGGGCAGAGAGGUUGAGGAGGAGGAGGAGCAGGAAGAGGAAGAGGAAAAAGCAAAGGAAAAGGAAAAAGAAGAGGAAGAUGAAUAUGUGGAGGACAGUAACUAUCAUUACACAAACAGACAGCCAAAGCUGCGUCAAGCUCUUCAAGACAGGAAGGAGCUGAAGGUCGAGGGAAGGGAUGAGGACGAGGACGAGGACGAGGACGAAGAUGAAGCGUAUGAGUAUGAGGACAUGGACUCCUUUGUUGCCCUGCGGCCUGGAGAUGCGGUGGUGUACCACAACCUGCAGAGAAAAGGGGAGGGAGCAGUAGGGGACACAGAGGCACAUCGAUCUGGGUUUGAACCCUAUGUAAAAGUGAGAGCUGGAGUCGGGGUUGGGGAACCUACAGCUGGCGACAGAUCUUUUGACAAUCCAGACUACUGGCACAGCAGGAUGUUUCUGAAGCCCAACGCAGUGCCGACAUGAAGAACAUUUUAAAUCUCAUGAACUUCCCUCUGAGACAUAAUCAUGAAGGACGCGAAACAGGAACUACAAUCUAAAGCUAUGUUAAUAAUGUAGCCUAUGAUACAAUAAAAUUAAAAUGACAUGCUUGCCUUUUCAACAGGCCUGUUACAGGCUGAUGUUAUUUCUUGUAUUCCGGCCUAUGAUUUGGGGCAUUUCCAGAAAUAAAAGCACUGUAAAAAAUAACAAACAUUAACAGAAUACAAGCUAUAUUUUUCUGUUUACAAACAAAGUUGAACAACAAUGAACAAACUAAAAUGAACAAAUGUGUUUGUUUGGAGUUUGGAAUGUUUUAUAUUAUGAGACCUCUUUUAAUGAUGAAAUACAUUUUUUACUCAUUAAAAUAUUUUGAAUAACUA